AGCGCCGGAGAUUGUCCCACUCAAGUCGUAGUUCAAGUCGGCAGGCAAAUGCGAUUCCUCAGCUGUUAUAUAUAAUCAAUUCUAUCUUCAGCUAUAAGUGUGCUUCGAGAACUCCUUCCAAAGAAUGGUCGGCUUCCAUUUCCAUAACCAACAUCUUCAUGUUGUCGGAUCGAUUUUUUUAAGUGAACAAUACUGAAAGAAUCAUCAAGUUCAUGAUGAAGUUGAUGCUGCGUUUCUCUAUCGGUGAUCGCAUGUCUGGUCGCCUCUGCUACAACCACGCCUGGUCCGUUUUCUUGCUGUUUUUCUGCAGCCGCAUUAACGCUCAUUUAUGAUGGGGCUACGCCUACGGGAAUUUUCUUAUAUUUUCGUCGAGCAUCUCGAUGCCCUGUUGUUGUAGUUGCCAUGUGGAAAAUAGGAGGAUCAUGAAGAAGAGGCAUCUGUAUCAUGACGAGGGAACUAAGAUUUAAAGAUAAAAGCGCACGCUAAUAAAUGGAGCCGGUCAAUCUGAGGAUGAUGGAGGAGACAACGUGCUGCAGGAGGAACAUCGCCAGGCCUGUGCCGACCCCCGCACGACAGAAUCGGGUGGCAGUAUCAUUCGGAUUCUCUAUUGCAACCAACAGCCGCUCCACAACAGCCACCAGAGUUAUGUUAAAGUUUGCCGCUCCACAAGAGUUAUUAAGUUCCGAUUCUUCCAACGAUUGGUCUAUUUAGGCGUUCUGAUCCUUUUCAAUGAUGAAAUAGAGCAGCAAGUUAGAUACUUGUUUCCUGAGAUGGCUUUCGACGGAGGUUUCUGGUGGUUUAUUCUAAGGCCGUAGAAAGGAGAAUCAAGACGAGGAGGUGGAGAAAAAGUUAUGGGUGUGAGAAAGAAACUCAUCUCCGAAGUCAUCUGGAAGAACAUCAAGACAUCAAGGGGAAAAAGGUACUCAGAGUCGGAUGAUCCCUGAGAUGAAUUUCUUGCACCUCUAAAAAAGGCGGAACAAGAUGAAGAGGCCGAAGGCAGCGGUGAUGGCAAUGAGAGCGAAGAAGAUUUUGGCCUUCUGAAGAAUAGAAUUCGGAUUGCUGCUUCCAAGACGACGAUUCGUGACCCCUUUUGUUGUUAAGGGUAUUCAAAGGUUUCCCUGUUACCGUUUGUUUUGCCUCUCCGAAGGGAGAGAGGCAGAACAACAAACGGGAAACGCAAACACCAAAGCCCUACCUCUAAUGCUGGAAACAGAUGAGGGGUCCUCACGGAAGUUUCGAAACGUCUACUCUUAAGGUUGCCUGCUGCUCCGAUCCAUUUUUCGGACUUACCCCUCGAAUGGCGGGUACACUAGUAUCAAUAGAGAUCCCUCAACCGACAACCGACGUUGCGGUGCAGGGGUGCCUUCGCCAGGGCUAUUUUUGACGGAAGAUUCCUCAACCGUAUGCUAGAGACAUUUUUGAGGGAUCCUCAUAUGUUGGAUGAACUCGCGGGAUUGGGUCUAAUGCUGCUCUGGAAACAAAACAGUUUUACGAGAUCGCCCCACGCGUACCAUUCCACCUACUCUCAACUAUGUACAAUCUGCCUCCCAAACAGCAAGUCGAUGAGGAAUACAAGGAUCUUCUACAGGAAAUGUUUGUGAUUCAAAUACCUACAGCACGAGACGGUGCUUCUGAGAGCAGUUUGCCUGAAGAAGGGAACACGCCGCCAGCGAAACUAAUUGGCAUCUCCGACGUAACCGAAAAGCCUCUGCGCGAACAUAAGGACGAAUCCGCUCUGGUCUUGUCAGAUCUGUUUCGCCGUGAACUUUAUUCUCAGUAUGGCGGGAUUCAUAUUCUCAAAUAGAGCAUGAUCUGCGCUCUUCUAGAACCAAAAUAUGACGCGAUAUAUAAUAAUUUCGAUGGUUUGAAUAAUUUUUAAGUAUCUCAAAAAUCUCUUUAUCUUGAAUCUAAACAAGUAGAAUUCAAUGACAAACGUACACCAAAAACAGAAUCCUACAUGCUUCACUUUUCCGUCGUCUACCUCUAAGUCGCGUUCUUUCCGCAGAUGUCGGCACUAGAAUGGGCUCAAACGAUGACCCUGACUUCCGCUGGAAACCAUGGCAAGGCUGCCGCACGAACUUCGCCACACCUUAAUGUUCUAUUUGACCAUCUCCGCUUCGGUCAGAGCGGGCCUCGAACCCCCGCUGUCGCGUUUCAGCGAAGGAUCCAUGCCAAAAAGAUUAGCGGGGAUGCCUCAAACGAGUAAGGCUCGUUCUAAUAAUGAAUGAAUGAGUGAAUGAAUGAGUGACUGACUGAAUGAAGAAGCGCUAGCGCAAGCCAUGAUCAUUCCUGGGUAUCUAGGUGAAUGAAUUGAGAAGCGGUAGUGCUGGCGUACUCCUGAUGGCUUAUCUACUGUAUCUAAGUACUUAUAUUAUAAGUAUGUUUUUCGCGUAAGUGCAAGUGCUGGAACUUUGUGUGACCUAUGUAUAGUGUUUUAGUUUUGAUUUCUUCAAUCAUAACUAGUAAUCAAUGCGAAGGUAAAAGGUCAAUUACUCGAAGAAUACGGGGACGAAAGCGAGCAAAGGAAUACGAGGCAGCAGCAUCUUUUGGCGCCUCCGCUACCGACCUCUUUUUAAGACUACUUGCACUUUUUAAUCUUCAUUGGACUCAACGAGUCGUGGAGUAAGUUUUUGAAACUUCUUGUGAAUUUUUGUUAAGGAUUUUUCCUUAGGACUAGGAUAUUAAACUAGAAGCAGCUGGUCGUGGAAAUCUUCGAGAAAAUCCACUUAGGCUCUUUGCCCAAUGAAUAGAUGAUUUGUCAAGUUAUCUCCAUCAGUUACGACUAGCAAUCUGUGGGUUGUACUAGUGGAGACGACAAGAGAAAGCUAAUGCUAAGUGGCGCGCAGUGUUGCCUCUGUCCUCUAAGAAUUGCUCGAAGACAUCACAGAGCGAUUACUGGUCAUCUAUGCGAUCGGGAAGUUAGGCCUCGGCAUCCCAGUGCACCCUUCCGCCGUCGCGGCUGCCGUACGUGCUGUAUACGAGGAGUAUGAAGAGAGGAAAAUCAUUACUCGUACUCAGUCUUCAACGUCGAAGGCAAUCAUAUCUUCGUAGAUUUGAAUAUGUCGUGCUCGUCAACAUAGGUUGUCAAAAGACUAGAUGUCUUGGGGUGGAAUGUGAAACAGUCUUGAGUGAGUACGCUUUUCCACGUGAUAAAAAAGCGACUGACUUUAUGGCGGAAGAGGAUGAUUUCGAUGAUGCGGGGCGUGAUCUUCAGGGUGGCCAUGCAACGACAACAGAUAGAGUACAGCAAGGUCAUGCAAACGAAGCAUCCAGCUCCAGCACAUCUGAGAUUCGAAUCGAAAGUACAUCGACUAGGGAACGUAAAAGAGACGACUCCACGGGAGUCGCUGCUCGUGAACUUCUGGAAGAAGGGGGAGGAGAAGUAGAACAAGGUAGUGGACGACGUCAAAAUGAAAAUGUUGCUUCAUUCGAUUCAGAAGACGAAAAUUCUGUUUCCACAUUGCAACGUCGGACGCAACAAACGGAAAGGGACACUCAUAAAGCUGAAAAGGACGUGAAUUACGGGAAUAAAGGGACGUGAAUAAUUACAUUUACAGACCCUCAAGAAGAUAGAUGAACAAGAUUAGUAUAACUCUAAUUUUGGAGAGGAAUCAAGUUCAAGAUGAUUCAGAUCGAAGGCUAAGGAAACAAGAUUGUUGACAGCGAGGAAAGGACUACAAUCUUCACAUAAUUUUCGUUUUGUUAUUUUCUUGGCAUGUGCUCCUGACUGCUGUGAUGUAGUAAACUAUGAUAAAAGUGGAUCAACUAGAUUAAUGAUGUAGAUCAUGGUGAUGUUCUUGCAAAUUGGCAGGUUUUAACCUCAGCACGUAAGAGAUCCUCCUCUAAAAAGUGGCGAAGAAAGUACUGCUGCGUGCACCGCCAGAGGCCUCGCGUAUAAUCCGUUUCAAGGCUGUACGAUUCAAAUCUUCACAGGAAAAUUUAGAUGACGAAAAAGACAGAAAAAUAUCCGUUUCGGCGAAGACGUACGAUUUCAUCGAGGCACAGGAGGUACUCGUCACUGUGCGUUACGCGUUUGGAAUCGGUCAUAGCAGAGUGCGCGUGCCAUCGGGUGCCUCGAAGGACGAUAGUCAUUCCAAUACCGGCAAGCACCGAGGUGCAUCGGAUUCACAUGAAGUUGCCGAGGUUGUACAACAAGGACAAGAAAUGAUGGGGUUGGAGAGAGCUGCAAAGCAAAAAGAAAAUGAAGAGAAUAACGAGGAACUUCAAGAAUUCGCACGUCCCAGCUUCGUGUAUCAUCCUUCCGAACUGCAUACUGAGAUUAAGGAUACACUUACCCCCUUUACCGCUAAGCCUACCAUUUGGUUUUGCUCAACAUACCGCUUGUUUCUUUUUGGAACUAAUUAGAAAGUAGUCGCUCAGCUAUCAGAGUCUGUCACAUUGUUUCUUUUUGAAACGGAUGCGUACUUCAAAGAUACCAUAGUUUAUAAAACUAGUAGGUAUUUCAUCAAACAUUGUCCUCUAAUAAGACCUACAGUCUCUUGCGUGAUUACCGGUAUCUGAAUGCGCCUGGGAUCCAUGGGGAUGAAGCGAAAGACGUAGAAAACACGGACAGGCAAGACGUGCCAACUGCAGACUCAGUCAAAGACGGCGUUAGUUAAGCUCAAAUCUACUACAACAAGUGGAAAUAGUACUUGUAGUUUCAAGUUUUGGUAAUGGUACUACAGCUUAAGUCAUGAAAGUAAGUGUAAUACAAGUACAACUCAAGUAGACAAGUUCAAGUUAGUACAACAAUCAAGUGCUUGUUUUAGUUUUACCACUUCUACUUGUUUUUUCCAUCUUCGGAGCAUCGUAGCAUUGGAGCCCUAUUAUGGAUUGCAUUGUCGUCUAGUGUUUGUCGGGGGUCAUUCUGAUUGAAUUCCCCUCUGAAACAUAAUUCUUGAAGGAACUGCGGAAAGGCAUGAUGCCAUUAACUCAGUUCAGGAUAGGGAAAAUUCGAAUCUCCUAUACCACUCACUCAGGUCAGGAUCGUAGUGAAAAUCGAACUCUCCUAUUCUAGCGCUAAGUUGAAAAAGACUUUACUGGAAAGAUUCGAGUGGACAAGGAUCCUACAAGAGCAAAUGAAGCGCGAAAUUCGUGGCGCAUGCAGCUUAUCUUUCGUUGUCGCAGAAGCGACCAAGUGGCCGAGCACGGUCCCAGGAAACCCUUAUGACUGCCAAGAACGAUAGAGGGUAGCAUAGAUAGAUCAUGAUCAUGUUGCUGCGGAAAUGUAUGGGGACGGCGCAUAUACAUUUUCAUUUUCAACGUCAUCAUAAUUGCCAGCUCUUCUAAUUUCGGAUGCAGAAUCCCCUGAAAAAAGCAUCUCUUGGGACCUUGAGCACUCGGAAGCGGUAAUCUUCUACAAUCAUCCUGCAUGGCACGAUGACCCGUUCGGCUUGCGCCCGCCCCUUCCUUUUAAGCCUAGUCAACAUUUUGAUUUUGUGAGUAACUUUGAAAUACUAUCAGAUAUCGUCUCCAUGGCCGUCAUGAACGAUGCCAACAGGGACCACUGCAUGCAUAAGGGGAGGUAGUCAACAUUAAAGUGGAUUAUCCACAAGAGGAAGUUCCUCCUAGAAGUCAACAAGGGGCAUGCGUGGUCGACGAUCGCUAUCCCGAGUGACUCUUCUCUGCAGCAGUCUUGACAAGAACGACUGGAAGUUGAGGGGAACGCAGGCUCUCCAGCUCCACUCAACCUGCAAGUAUGAUUGACCACCUUUAAUCCUUGGCCAUUCUUCUUCGCACAGGACCUAGAAUCUGGGGAGAGGUACGAAGCGACAGAGGGAGGUGCAACCGCUGCGAAGCAAAGACUAGUCCAUAUGCUUGACCAGCGAAAGAUCACAACAAAGCCAGAAUAUCCCGAUCGAGCCAAACUUCGCACGAAAUACGGUACAACUUCUUCUUCCUCUUCGUCUUCCACCCCAGUUAUUGUAAUUUAAUGCUUAGUUAUGCUCUUAUUUUACUCGUAGACGUGGUCGUUGUACAACUUUUCUAUCCAUAGCUGCAUGAAAUACAAUCUUUUCGAGGCGGUCGCGAAAGCGAUGAUCCAAUGUCCUUGUCCCUCCGACGUGGUGAAGUACAAAUCUUGCACCUAAGAACCCGAUGAUGAAUCUCGUUCCUCCAUUGAAAUUUUUCAUUAUUUGUUCUCAACAUCAUGCUAGAACUUACUACUCGUUAUCAUAUUUAUUAUCAGACUGUUCCCAUCCACAUCAUGACUGUCUUUUCAGGUACAAAUUUAAAUGGACGUUGGGGGGUUGAUUUUGGAUUUGCGCUUCGCUUCGUCCCGCACGCAAUGGUGGAAGCUCCGGCAUUAGGUGCGGAACCGGCGCAGACUGAGGACGCAACCAAGAAGGAAGAAGAGCAGCAGAAAAAGCGUCGGAAAGUGGAGGAGGAGACUCUCCCGUGGUUGGCCCCACUAACGUACGACAUUAACAUGUACUUGCAGCUCCUCGACAUGGGAGCAGAACGAGGACGACAGAGAAAAGCUGCAGAGGACAAGAGGAAUCCGAAACCUGGAGACUUGCAUGAUAAAAUGACGCAAGAACAAGAAGCUGAAGAUGGACCUUCGCCGAAAACAGCUGCUAACGAUGUUGGUACAUCAUCUCAUCCGAAUCAUCUAACGAAUGACCGACUCCUGACAAGCGAGCACCCUGCUCAGCGCGGUUGCCUCUUUCAACCGAAGGAGGUCCCAAAUACAGGAUCAAACCGAUUAACCGAAGAAAGUGACGCUAGUGAACAAGGCGAUCGAAAGCGCUUGAACAACAUGAUGGUUACCUCUGAUGAAGGUCAAGGACAAGGUUUUCCUGGUCCUGGCAGUGAGGCUGAGCACGCAGGACCAGGUGCUUCUACUGCUGGUGCGGCACCUACCGAAAGUACCGCGGCAGCUGCAGGCGACGAGGCCUUAAUAGAAGAGUACCUUGCUGCUGAAGAGCAAGAGCAGCAACGCAACAGCGCCUCACAAGUUACCGAUCCUGCUAAAAACAAGAAAGACGACGACGGAAACAAGAACACCGGCACGGAGUGGAUCUGGACCGAGGAUGGCAGUAGUUCGUAUAACCAGCUCACCGACGCUGCACUGAAGAUGCGACCGCCGCACGUGCUUAGAAUACGCCGAGAGGUUUUGUUGUGGUUUCCACCGUAUCCAUUUCAAAGAAGUCUACAAGACUUACGAGUGUAGGAAGUGCAUCUCCGAAGUCAUCUGGAGGAGAAAAGGAGGAAGAGAAAGGUGUCCAGAUGAUCUCUGCGAUGCAUUCCCUAUGCCUCUAAUAGACGCUGACUUCAACGCUGCUUCACGGACCGCAGUAGCCUUCGACUACAGAUGGCCCCCGGACCGCACCAGCAUGCCUCAUGAGGAGUUCUAGCAGUUUUAAACAAAUCCUGUCCGCAAGCAUUGAGGAUGAUCUCCAUUGUCAUCGCAUUGAGGAUGAUCUCCAUUGUCAUCGUUUCUCUGCUGGCGGCUGCACGAAUUAUAGACACCGAAGGUCAUCAGGCAACCUCUCGGGUGAAGCUCUAGCUCUUCCCGAAGUGCGCGCUACAGCGUGAGACGGUCAGCACGAAGGAAAAAAGAGGGUCGCGCAUCGUGUCGGAGACGAACAAGCAGAUUAGGGAAAAUUUGAAAGACCCUACUGCGCCAAUGCCAUGGGCGGAACCACGAAGUACUAGAUUCUAGAAGAGGAACGAAAGAGGUUGCACUUCUACGGGAGAGCGUCUGCUAGAAGAUGAGCAUCUGAUACCACAAGGAAACGCAGAGUAUUUCUUCAUCACAUUCACCCGUUUACCUUACGGCUUUGCGGCCAAAAAUAGCUUAUGCCAAAGCAACACUCUCCGUCUCUCAUCUGUCUUCUGAUCUCGACGACUGUCACUCUACGUCAUUUAUCUGUCUUCCGAUCUCGGCAAAUGUCUUUCAUCGAGAGAUUCUGACACUCUCUGAGAACACGGG